CUGCGCUCCCCACACCCCGCCUCGCCCGCUCCCCCUCCUCAGCUCGCUCUCUCUGGAUGUUUAAGGCAAGGAUGAACAAACAGAUCCAGCCCGACCGCAAAGUGUCGGUGGUGGCCCCCUUGCCGGACCGCGCCGGGCCGCCUCCCCCGAGGAAGGACGUGGAGCUGAUCCUGGUGAAGGAGCACAACGGGGUGCAGUACACCAGCAGCAGCCUCCUGCCCGCCGCCCCCGCGCCGCGCUACGGCGCCCAGGACAGGGAGACCUGGGGCAAGAAGAUCGACUUCCUCCUCUCCGUCAUCGGCUUCGCCGUGGACCUGGCCAACGUCUGGCGCUUUCCAUACCUCUGCUACAAAAAUGGAGGGGGUGCUUUUCUUAUUCCAUAUAUCCUCUUCUUAAUCAUUGCUGGAAUGCCCCUGUUCUAUAUGGAAUUAGCACUGGGACAGUAUAACCGAGAAGGGGCUGCCACUGUGUGGAAAAUCUGUCCAGUUUUCAAAGGUGUAGGCUAUGCAGUGAUACUCAUAGCUCUUUACGUGGGUUUCUACUACAACGUUAUCAUAGCUUGGUCUCUGUAUUAUCUAUUUUCAUCAUUCACAUUUGAGCUCCCCUGGACAAACUGCGACAACAGUUGGAACAGUCCAAACUGUACAGAUCCCAAACUCUUCAACGCAUCAGUGCUUGGCAAUGGUACCAAAUACUCAAAGUACAAGCUCACUCCUGCAGCUGAAUUUUAUGAGCGAGGAGUUCUGCACCUGCACGAAAGCCGUGGAAUCCAUGACCUUGGCUUGCCUCGCUGGCAACUUUCCCUCUGCCUCUUGGUGGUGGUAAUCAUUCUUUUCUUUAGUCUGUGGAAAGGCGUGAAGACUUCAGGAAAGGUUGUUUGGAUAACAGCCACAUUGCCUUAUGUUGUAUUAUUUGUCUUGCUAAUACAUGGAAUAACCUUGCCUGGUGCAUACAAUGGAAUAAAUGCAUACCUGCACAUAGAUUUCAGAAGAUUAAAAGAAGCCACAGUAUGGAUUGAUGCAGCUACUCAGAUAUUUUACUCCUUAGGAGCCGGGUUUGGCGUUUUAAUUGCAUUUGCCAGUUACAAUAAGUUUGACAACAACUGUUACAGGGAUGCUUUGCUGACUAGUACCAUUAACUGUGUCACAAGCUUCAUCUCAGGAUUCGCAAUUUUCUCCAUAUUGGGCUACAUGGCUCACGAGCACAAAGUUAAAAUUGAGGAUGUAGCCACUGAAGGAGCUGGUUUAGUUUUCAUCCUGUAUCCAGAGGCAAUUUCAACUCUUUCAGGAUCAACAUUUUGGGCUGUGGUAUUCUUCAUCAUGCUCCUUACUCUUGGCAUUGACAGUUCUAUGGGCGGAAUGGAGGCUGUCAUCACUGGCUUGGCAGAUGAUUUCCAAAUUCUGAAGCAGCACAGAAAGCUAUUCACCUUUGGUGUUUCUUUUGGAACUUUUCUACUUGCCCUUUUUUGCAUCACUAAUGGUGGAAUUUAUGUGCUCACACUACUGGACACAUUUGCAGCUGGGACUUCGAUAUUGUUUGCUGUUCUAAUGGAGGCAAUUGGAGUUUCCUGGUUUUAUGGUGUGGAUAGAUUCAGUGAAGAUAUCCAACAAAUGAUGGGCUUCAAGCCAGGCCUCUACUGGAGACUGUGCUGGAAAUUUGUUAGCCCUGCUUUUUUAUUGUUUGUUGUGAUAGUCAGCAUAAUAAAUUUCAAACCUCUGACCUAUGAUGACUACACCUUCCCUCUCUGGGCAAAUCGCAUUGGCUGGGGAAUAGCAUUAUCUUCAAUGAUACUUGUGCCUGCCUAUAUUAUCUAUAAAUUCAUGAAUGUGCGUGGGACCUUUAAAGAAAGACUAGCUUACUGCAUCACACCUGAAAAUGAGCACCAACUCGUGGCCCAAGGAAAUGUCAGGCAGUUUAAGCUUCAACACUGGCUAACAAUAUGACAACCAACAGAUUGAGGAAAAAGCCAAUAUGUUAAGCUAAACUGAGAAUACAGAAAAGUCAAGUUCAAAGCUCCCUCGAUUAUGCUUGGACCAGGCUGGCUCAGAGCUUAUCUACUGACUCUUUGAGGGAAGACAUCUGUUCUCUGUUCUCAAUGCCUCCCUUCUAUUACUUGGCUUCAAAUGAUCUUUAAAGACUCAGUUUAAUUUUUCUUACAUCCUUUGGUGCCAUGAGAUCCCUACAUGACCAAAACUUGUGAGUUUUGCUAUUGGCAGAAGUGGAGGAGGGGGGAGCAGACAAAAAAGCAAUUAACGUAAGUUAAAUGCUCUUUUAUUGUGAAGAAGUGAAUUAAACUUCUCUGACAGUAAUAAUUACUUCAGAUAAUCAUGUCACGACCUAUUUUAAACCAACAACACCUGAACGUUCUUAGAUCUAAGGAAAGAAUACAUCUCAAUUAUGAGGAAAGAGCAAUUUUAACUAUGUGCUAAAGUCAUUAGCUUUCUUGCCAUACUAUCCUUUGGGAUAUGAGUUUGCAUCCUUCUGAAGUGAAGACUCUGCUUCAUUUUCAGUGGCUUGUUAUUAGUUUCUUCUCUUGGUGAAGAAGGUUGUCUUUCCUGUAUAUGUCCAUGCCAUUUUCUGUCCAGUUUAAUUAUACAAGCUGAAGAGCAGCAAGAACAGAAUUCCUGUUACAGCUACCACACUGUACUUAAUGAAAAAUAUAUUCCCUUAUACUAACAAUUGAAAUGGCUUUAUCAUAUGAUCCACACUGCACAGACUUUUUCAGCCAAGUGUGAAAGUGACAUGCAAAUAGAACGAUUUUAAGCUUUUUUUGUUAUAUUUUGUUCCAGAUAAAGAAUUUAAAAUACAUAAGGAGAGACAAUAAUUUUUAGAAUUAAAUAAUCUACCCAGAGGCACAAAAUACCAAACUUUGGCUUUAUUCUCCAGCUGUGAACAUGCUAUUAUUAUAAUUUAACCUGGAUUCAUCUACCAAAAUAUAUUAAGAUUGUGUUGAGUAAUUUAGAAGGAUAUUUUAGGCAUACUCAGCUCUAUUCCAGCUCUUCUCUCUGGUAGUAUUAUGCAAGGUAGAAGAUACAGAACAAACUCUGCAUUUGGGUGCUGUUCUUAUCCUGUGGUCACUUACCGCUGUGUAGUAUCUUCCCAGUGAUCACCAGAUUCAGUAGCUUUAAGUUAUUUCUUGUACUUACUUAUCACUAGAUCUACAGUAAUUUUCAGUGGCAGUAGCUACUCAGCUGAACCCAGUCUAGAGUUUACCUCUGGACCUUACCUCUGAAUUUUUUUGCCUCUUAUACAUUCAAUUCAGCUUGUCUUUGAAAUUUAUGUAGUUCUUCCUCUUUUUAAAAACACCAUUUAAAAGGAUGGGACUUUUUAUUUAUAAAACAAUUUCUGUGGAGUUUUUUUUCCUUUCUUAAAAUAGACCAGUUUAAAAGUCCCAAGUGACUUUGGCCUUUCCCAUUUUAACACUAAUUUUUGUUCAGAAUAAUGGAAGGGAAGUUUCUCUCCUUAUUCAUCCUUUUCCUCCAACAUAAUCAAUACUUCAGAAUUUUACCAAAUAUUGUCCUUUUCUUAAAGAGUUCCUGUAAUAAACAGUAGUUUUAUUUAAACAGGUUUUAAAACCCAAAGGAUACUUUCUUCUAAUUUUAAAGGAAGUCAUAUUUUCUGGCCCAGCUGAUGGCCGGUAGCUGUUUAAACCAUAUUAUUAAAUAUAUUUUGAUAAUAAAGGAAUUUCAAAUGUUGCAGUUCUAGUUCUGUAAUUACACAGGAGGCCAAACAGUGAAAAUAUGUUGAGGGCUUCAAAAAAGCCAUCCCACCAACUUCAUAUCUAAUCCCGUUUUUAUUGUUUGCUAAACUACAUGAGAAUCUUUUUGUUCUUAUAAAGCUUAUUUUUCAAUAAUACAGCUGUUUCAGUAACUGGCUUAACAUGGCUAAAAAGCUUCUUAGCAUAGAUACGCACCAAGUUUUGAAACUCUUGGGGGCUCUUCAACGUGGAGCUUUAAUAGCUUGUCACAUUAUACACUGUUUGAUUUGCUUAUGAUUGGAAAUGCUAACAACCUGCAUCAAUGUUCACUGGUGACGCACCCCAUCGCUACUAUCCGUAUAGCAUAACCCAUGCAGGAAAAGUUACGUUUCAUCACCACUCUGAAAUAGGAGCAAUGCUAUCUUAACAGGGGAGUGAAAUCAACUUUACCUAGCAUAUUAGGGUUUGAUUGUAUUUUUAAUACCAACUCCCAAGGCAAUUACCUACUACAUUGUUUUUAUUUCUAUUACCGUAUAACUUCCUAGGUUUAGUGUAGUAUUUAUAGCUCAGGACACCACUGCACUAUUGCCAUCUUGUUCUGAGAUUUUAUAGACAAAGAACUUGCAAUCUAUAGAGGAGACAACAGGCAAAUCAGAGAAAGCAGGAAUCUUAUUACCAGAAAUAGCCUGAAGAAAAAGAAAGAUAAUACACAUUGCAUGACCACACAUCCAGGCUUUAAGUUCAAGAUGUUACCCAAAGGAAGUCUCCCCAAAAAUAAUACUUGUCCCAGAGAUGAAGAACAAUGUCUUCAAUUCUCCACAGAAUAAGAUGCUCAACUACCUCAUGCCUCUUGGACAAUAAACAAUGCCAUUUGACAUCCAUUCAAAUGACAAAUAUCUUUGUGAAGGCCAGGUUAUUAUAUCCUUUUCCUCCACUCAAUGUUAUGGUACAGACAGUCCAAUAAGAAGCCACAGCUCUGGCACCAAGCUCCUCUUAGGCACCUACUUUGAGCUCCUGAAUACAUUUUCAGUAUGGAAAAUGUCAAACGCCACUAAGAUACUCAUCUCCUUUCAGUCCAACCACUUGUUUUAAAAAAAAUGUUCACACAGUCAGGUCCUUGUCACCCAUGUAGUUCAACUGCAAGUCUUCCCUCACUCAGUCUUGAAUUUUCAGCCAGACAGCUCACACUUUCCCUCAGCUUUACCUACUGUGGGAACAGACCCACUACAGCGAAUGGUGCUCUCCCAGCUAUCCCCAUAGCAUGGCAAAGAUAUGCCAACGGAGUAGGCAUCCCACUUCCAAAAGAAGAAAAAAAUUUUUUUAUACAAACUUAUUCAAGAUACAGUAUCAUCUGCUUACUAAUUAUGUUGGCUGCUUUGGUAGGAAGAAUUUAGUGAAUCAAUUAAGUAGCUCAUCUGACAAUUCUAGAAAAUACUUUCUUGAAAGCCUUUUUUUAAUCUGAUAAAGGAAGCAGCUGUCAUACGUUAGCAUCUCUCUUCUGACCUUCCUUUCUGCCAGCAAAAAAGACCUGCCUGUGAUCCAUAUCGUCUCCUGAAGCCACAGAAAGUUAGUUAGCACCAAGGAAAGAGAUCGAUCGUUUUCUUCGCACCCCUCCUGCUGUCACUCAGCAGGAUGAUUCUUCAUAUACUUGGUACUGCUCUAAAGCUACAUUACUAAAAAUCCAAAGAUUUAGAUUUGUGUUAGAAACAGUAGGUCUUUCAUGGGCAACAGUCCAAAAAGGACUAGUGCUUUAGUGUUCAGCGCCCGUUUGAACCAUAUCUUUUCUGCCAGUCCUUCUUGUGUUCUGUCAUGUUCCGAGGCAUACACCCUGGCAACACUUGAAAGACAUCUUACCAUAGUGAGGGAUUUUGCAGGAAAUCCAGGAUCAAACACGAUUAUUUUAAAUAUAGAAUUUAGGAGAAAUACUUGGCUGUUAGUAUUGUACAUUCCCUAACUGCACGUGCAAUGUAUGUUGUAUGUAAUUUUCCCAGAGGAAAUUUCCUAUAAUUGGUCAUUUCUUCUCAGCAAAAUACCAUUUAAAUGUUAUUAUUUAAAAAGGUCAAGACCAAACAUUUUGUAUAUACAUCCACUUCUUAUGCUAUUGUUUUGACAUGAAUUAAGUUUAUUUUGUACUGUUAGGUUGUAGGAGGCCACAAAGAAUUCUUUUGCUUUUAUUGUCUCUUUUGCAGUUCUUCCGAUUCAUACAGUAUUAAUUAGCAGAUACUUGCUUUUACGGGAGUAGAUAAUUUUCAUUCAUAUCCUGGACUGAUUCAUUAAGCUUCACAAGACAUUGGCAAACAUUUAAGAAUUUCAUUCCUAAGAACCAUAUUUAACUAUAUUUAAACUAUAGAUGAGCAAUUUCAAAACAGAUGAGGCUUACAAAUACCGUAUUUUCAGUGCCCUGUUAAAAAAUUUUAAAAUGGGCCUGAAGGACUUGGACCUAGGACAAUUAUCACAGAUCAACAAACAACAGUAUAUGAUCUACCUGCAGAAACGAUAUGUGUACUCUGAGCCUCUCAGAACAGUAAAAUAGGGUAUGUUUGUUCUAAUACACUUUAUUUUCUCAGGGCUCAGAAUAUUUAUGGUCCACAGAUCAGCACACAUGCAAGAACACAAUCUCCUUAAGUUAAAGGCCAGUAUGUUUCAAAUUAGACCCUUGAACAAAUCGGAGUCUUUUGGCUAUAGCACAGGGAGACAAAUCUUCUGGAAACACCUCCAGAAAGGCUCCUCCGAAGGAAAACACUUUUUCAGUCUGCUUCCUCUGACUCACACCCACAUUCCUGUUAGUGACUUUCAGCUAGUGGAAAGUUAAGCUGUUAGAAUGUGAAGCUAAAUGGUUUAUAAUACAUCACAGAAGUCAAAAACAAGACCUUGAAGAGCCCUUACUAGAUUCGUAUCUACAUACAAGCUGAAAAUAGCAUAUGGACUAUUUUAAGCAAAGCAGGCCAGAAAUCACCGUACAGGACUGAAUCUGUGAGCUGCUUGGACAUUUGAAUUUUUACAGAUCUUCAUUUACUAAACUAAUAUUAGCUGGUACAUGAGAAAGCCAGCCAUAUUCUGGCUUUCUUUAGGAAAAAGGUACACUAGUACAGGAUACUGCAAAACAAUCUGAAAAAGUUUUCAGAACAUAAUUUACAGAAGCCUUCAGUUAACCCUGUUACAUCUGUGACCUUGCAUCACUGAGUUUCAGAGAGGAUCAUAUACAGGGAAUAGCUGUAUCUCAGACAUCCAUGUUUGAGUGUUUCUGCGCUGUGGAAAGCAGGUUUUUGUUCUACCAUUUCAGUCUGUUGUAACUCAGACUUUAAUGGGAACAUUUCACCAAGCACUUGCCCCCCCCUCUUAUCCAUAUUCUCAAAGGGCAGUUUUUGCUGACAGACAGCCAAGACCACUCAGACUGACCAAGCAGACAUGCAUGUGUUCCUUAGCUGUGACUAGAUGGAAAAUUACACAGUUUUGCCUGCUUAAGCUUAGCUGGCUUAGCAAGACUUGUAAGCCAUGCCAUGCACAGGGAAACUUUUCCUAGGCCAAAAAAUUUCAGAUUGUUCCAAAUAAAAAUUAAAUCAACAUAGGACCAAGAUCCUCAGCUGGUGAUUAAUUUGUACAGUGGUACUGUUCACUGCCUGAGACUGAAUUAUAGAUGCAUCUACGUGCAUCAGAGAUUGCUAUAGAGAACUGGAUGGCCGAUAAAGACAUUUCAACCAGGAGAAAAACGUAACAGUGUAAUAUAGCUGGUUUAAGUACUGAAUUUAAUCCAUUUUUCUUCACCAUUUAAAAACAGAGUAUGGUUAGACAAACUGCAAUCACUGUAUGACUGACCAAGCAGAAGCAUGCAAACACAAGACAGCCAGAACCCUGUAAGCAACACAGAUAUCAUGACUGUAUUCAGUGAAACUGUCCUACCUAGAACAUCAUGUAGGUGUCAAUGCAAGUGGCUGAGGGGGCAGGAUCGAGGAGGGGAGAAAGCUGACAGGCUUAAGUCUCAGUCCCACAGUGCAAUGUGUAACUUAACCAUUACUGCCUUUAGUUUUCAUGUUGAGAACGUUGCUUGCGCCUUUUUUGCCUAAGCACUGACAGCAAGACUGGGCCACCUGUGUGCUUUGCUUUCCUCCUUUCUAAAGGUGUUUCUUUAGCUGCCAUACUAAACUAAUCUUGCUUAAUUUCUUUAAUAAGGGAACAGAAUAAAUUCAGUGAAUUAAGAAAAUUACUAAGCCUUAAGCUGGCUCUCUUUUGAAGGUGUCAUGUUGUUUCUUGGUCACUGCCUAGAGGCCUCAAACUUGCAGGUGACCUGCAUUUGUAAUUUAUGUUGCACUCUCUCCGUGAACCUGUCUGCAAGACUCAGCUUUUGUUUGCUGUGGGUAGUAUCAGUUACAAAGGGAGAACCUCCAAGUAGUACAUUUUGAAAAUAACUUCUAAUAGGUCUGAUGAAGAAUUGCCUUACAAAUAAAAACUUUAUAGCGAGCAUUUACUUGGUUUACACCAGUGUUUUACUUAAUUUUUAAUGCCUUUUUAUAGCAGUGACUAGACCUUACCUUACAUAAGGGUACCUCUGUAUAGGAAAUAUUUUAAUAUUUUUACCAGUUUUUUUAAUUUUCAUAGAAUAUAAGUGUAUAUUGUAAGGCGAGAAAUUCAACUUUGAUGUAACAAGGUUAUCACAAGACCUAUUUCUCCAUUAUAAGAUUUUGUAGUCAGCCAGUCUAGUUCAAUAAUUUGUUGGCCUUUGAUUAUAAAUGUAAAAAUGUGAUAAAGGAGAAUAGAACAUUAUCUACAGCUAAUGCACAUUGUAGCACAAUAUUCUCCAUUGCUGCCUUAAUCUCAUAAAAGGAAGUCAUGCGUUUUUAAUUUAUAUUCUUAAAAAAAAAGCAAAAAAAUCCAAAGCAUCUUUUGGCUGCAAUUUUGUGUUAGACAGCUUCACAUGAAACCAAAUGUGUUAGUGUCCAGUAGGUCUACUUCCAAAGCAAGAGAUCAUAUUGCAGUUUUCAGGAAAAAGUUUUCAUGGAGUUAAAAACUUGCCACUAGUAAAAAUACUCUCCAAAGUGCCCCAGUGACCAAAAGUGUCCAAACACAGCCACCACACUUCCAUGCCCGAUUUCAUUAAUUGUGCAACCUGCAGGUCCAUUUGCCUUUUUUUUUUUUUUUGUUAAGUCUUUGGUUAUCUGGGGGAAAUGGCAUUUCAUUUUUUUUUUUAAAAGGUUGGUUGUUUUUUGGUUUUGGUUUGGUUUUUUUUUUUUUUGAAAGGGAGACACCUACAUGCCCAUGUGUGUAAUUAGAAACUACAUUUCUUAUAAAUAUGGAUGUGUGUGAUGUGUGCUGGUUAACUAUACUUAAAAUGCUGAUAAAGGUGGUGAAUGUAAAGUAUUUGUCCUCAUUUCUCUGUCUUUCUGUGCUCAGUGUAAAUAAGAACUGUUUUAAGCUGUGCAUUAAUGUAACAGAUUAUUCCAAUAUUGUGUAUAAAAUUAUUUAAAUAAAAUCUGACAAAUAUGCACAUAAAAAGAGUAUAAAGAAAGAUCUUAUGUACCAAGAAUUUACUUAUGACAGUGA